AGCGCACCGCCUCGCGCUCCAGGAAGGCGUUCGCCUGCAGCGCCCGGUCCACGCGCGCCUCGCAGGCGUCCAGCUGCUCCGAGAGCAGCUUGUACUCGCGCUGCAGGCUCCUCACCCAGCAUGGAGCCCAGUGUGGGGCCUGAACUCACGACCCUGAGAUCAAGACCUGAGCCGAGAUGAAGAGCAGGAAGCUUAACUGACUGAGCCAGCCAGCAACAUUGGAGUCGUUUCCAGUUUGGGGCUCCCAGAAACAAAGCUGCUGUGAACAUUCAUGUAUGAUUCUGCGUGUGGACCUGUUUUCAUUUCUCUUCCAGCCGCGCCGGCGUCUAGAGGCCUGCCGGCGCCCCCCCGCCAGCAUGUGCGCCGCGGAGGUGGACCACCACGUAGCCCAGCGAUACCUGCUCAAGCGGCGGCUGGGGAAGGGGGCCUAUGGCAUCGUGUGGAAGGCAGUGGAUAGGAGAACUGGCGAGGUCGUGGCCAUCAAGAAAAUCUUUGAUGCCUUUAGAGAUAAGAUAGAUGCCCAGAGAACGUUCCGGGAAAUCAUGCUGCUCCAGGAACUUGGGGACCAUCCCAACAUCAUCCGCCUCCUGGAUGUGAUCCGGGCAGAGAAUGACAGGGACAUUUACCUGGUGUUUGAGUCUAUGGACACCGACCUGAACGCUGUCAUCUGUAAGGGCAGGCUGCUGAAGGACAUCCACAAGCGCUACAUCAUCUACCAGCUCCUACGGGCCACCAAGUUCAUCCACUCAGGACGCGUCAUCCACCGGGACCAGAAGCCUUCCAACAUUCUCCUGGACUCCAGCUGCUUGGUGAAGCUCUGUGACUUUGGUCUUGCCCGCUCCCUCAGCGGCCUCCCUGAGGGGUCUGAGGGCCAGGCCCUGACAGAUUACGUGGCCACACGCUGGUACCGGGCUCCCGAGGUGCUGCUGUCCUCGAGCUGGUACACCCCUGGGGUGGACAUGUGGAGUCUGGGCUGCAUCCUGGGGGAGAUGCUUCGGGGGAGGCCCCUGUUCCCUGGCACAUCCACACUGCACCAGCUGGAGCUGAUCCUGGAGACCAUCCCACCACCAUCCAAGGAGGACCUCCUGGCUCUUGGCUCAAGCUACAGUGCCUCUAUCCUGCCCUGCCUGGGGUCCCGGCCACGGCAGACGCUGGACACCCUCCUGCCGCCAGACACACCCCCGGAGGCCUUGGAUCUCCUCAGGGGACUCCUGGUAUUUGCCCCGGAGAAGCGGCUUAGCGCAGCCCAGGCACUGCAGCACCCCUACGUGCAGAGGUUCCACUGCCCGGCUCGUGAGUGGACACUGGAUUCGGCUGUGCAGCUCCCGGUGCUCGAAGGAGUUCAGCUCUCAGCCCCCGAGUAUCGCAGCCGGGUCUAUCAGAUGAUCCUGGAGCGCAGGGGCAACAGCCGCAUCCCCAGAGAGAAGGGCCUGGGGGGCACACCCGCGGGGGCAGAGCCUGGUGCCCCCCAACCCCAGGCGCACCUGCUCAACCCCAGAGCCGUCCCUCAGCUGCCCCCGGGCUCGCCCACGCAGAACGCUGGACGCAGACCUCAAAGCAGCCUGGGCCACCAGUCCGCGCACGACCCCACAGACAUUGCCUGCGGAGCCAAGAAUCUUCCGCGGCGGAACUCUGCCCCCGUGCUCCAGCCUCCACCCCCAGGAGGUCUGGGGAGAGGGGAGAGGCCCCCUGGGGCGACGGCGGAGGCCCCCUCGGCACCCUCGUGGGUGAAACCCAGCGGGAAGGGGGCGGCGUCCUCCCUGGCCUCGCAGGCCGCCGCCCAGGUGGCCAUCCAGGCCCUAAUCCGGAGCGACUGGAAUCCAGGCCGUGGGGUGAGGGCAACCGGCGCGCGACGGGUCCCUCGCGGGCUUCCCGCGGAUGCCCGGCCCGAGCCUCGGCCGGGCCGGAGGAUGUUCAGCGCCUCGGCCUCGCAGGGAGCCCAGGGUGCUGCAAGGGCUGCGCUCGGGGGCUACUCACAGGCCUACGGUACCGUCUGCCACUCGGCGCUGGACCGCCUGCCCCUGCUUCCCGGGCCACGCGCCUAAGGUGCCCUACCAGCCUUCAAUCCAGCUCUUCUGCUCAGCCGCGGCCCUUCGCCCAGUCCCCCGCCCCUCUCCCAGCCCCGGAUUUGCCCCCAAGUACCCCAUGCUCUCCACCCCCUCUUACCCGCUCGCCCUUUUGCCUGGCCAUAUUCUUGAGAUCCAGGGAGCCUGUCCCCUCUGGGGGAGUAGAUGAGGUUCCCACCCAUCCCCAAUCACUUCCUCCAAUAAAGUCUUGCCCAGCCCCACCCAGCCUACCUGCCUAUCUUCUAGUCUCAGUGAGGGACUCCCUCUGAGGCCACACCACCCCUUGCCUGGAGUCCACCCCCUUCGGAGGACCCCCAUGUCUAGUACAGAGCCCAGGAGAAGCUGCAAGGACACCUGCUGUCCCUGGGUGGUCCCUGGGUGGCCCCUGUCUGCCCUGUGCCCACUGCUCUCCCUGGAGGCUCACAGCGCCAGUGACUGGCCUGGAGGGCUCCUCGGGGCCAGCUUCCCCUCCUCUCUCCACAAAUGCUCUGGGGCCUGCCUGGUGCCAGAACACUAUCAGAGGGACAAGGCUACCCCAGGGUGCUCGGGGGGCGGGGCAGAGACU